AACCAAUAAACCGAAGAAGAAGAAGAAGCAGCAGGAAGACGAGGCGAAGAAGAAAAGCUUUAGCUUUUCCGUUAGAAGUGAAAACAUCUUCGGUCCAGCCCCAGAGAGAGAUUAGCACCGAGCAGGAAACUCCUGCUGAAGAAACAUUCACUGAUUUCAACGAAAUCCUCGUCAAGGAAGAGAUGGAUUUCAGCCGGAUACCUCUGAUAAUCUUACACCGAAUAGAUCUCCGACAAUAUCGUGUGUGUAAAGAGGAGGGGGUUCACACCGAGCUCAGCAACCAGGAGGGGAACUCCACUUUAGAUCAAGAGGAACCAGAACCUCUGCACAUAAAACAGGAGGAAGAGGAACCAGAACCUCUGCAGAUAAAACUGGAGCAAGAGGAACCAGAACCUCUGCAGAUAAAACUGGAGCAUGAGGAACCAGAAUUUCUGCACAUAAAACAGGAGCCAGAAGAACUAGAACAUCAACAUUUAGAAGAGGGAAUGAAUCAAUUUUGCAAUCAUCAGGAAGAAGAGCAUCUUGUACUGAAACAGGAGACAGAUGACAUUUUGGUGGAUUCCUCUAAUGUGCAAAAAAGCUACAAUGAAACCGAACCGAACAGAAGCCACCUCAUCUCUCAGUCCUCCCCAGAAGUUGAGAACUGGGAUGAGGGGAGGAAUUUUGAAGACCCAAGCAAAAACCGGGAGGAAGAGCAGAAACAAAGUGAGAUAUACCAGAAAAGCAAACAACAGAAAGGCACCACUAACAGUUCGAAACAAAAUUCACUGAAGAAAAUUCACCCAGACCACAGUUUAUAUUCUUGUAAUAUUUGUGAUAAAAGCUUUUCUCAAAACUGUCACUUGACUAGACACAUGAGAACGCACACGGGUGAAAAGACUUUCACGUGUACAAUCUGUGGGAAAAGUUACCCUAACAGAGGUGGUUUAAGUUAUCACAUGAGAACUCACACUGGUAGAAAACCUUUCACGUGUAUCAUUUGUGGAAAAGGUUUCUGUCAAAAAUCCUAUUUAAAUAUUCACAUGAGCACCCACUCAGGCAGGAAGCCUUUCUCGUGUGCAACAUGUGAAAAAAGUUUUUAUGAAAAAAGUACCUUGGCGCGUCACGUUAAAAUUCAUACAGGUAUAUUCUCAUGUGUUGCAUGUGGAAAAAGUUUCACUAACAAAACUGCUUUAACCGUUCAUAUAAGAACUCACACUGGCGAGAGGCCUUUCUCAUGCGUGACCUGUGGAAAAGGCUUCAGUCAAAAAGGCCACUUAGAUUAUCACAUGAAGUGUCACACAGAUGAGAAACCUUUCACGUGUGUGACCUGUGGAAAAAGUUUCGGUCAUAAAAGCCAUUUAAAAAUUCACAUGCGAACUCACACAGACGUCAAAGCUUUCUCAUGUAGAACCUGUGGAAAGAGUUACGGUGAUAGAAGUAGUUUAACUUAUCACAUUAGAACGCACACGGGUGAAGGACUUUUCGCCUGUGUGACCUGUGACAAACGUUUCGGAAGAAGAUCACAGCUAACGCGUCACAUGAGAACCCACACCGGUGAGAAGCCUUUCUCAUGUGUGACCUGUGGAAAAAGUUUCCCGCUAAAACAUAGUUUAACGUAUCACAUGAAAACGCAUACAGGUGAGAAGCCCUUCUCAUGUAUGACCUGCGGUAAAAGUUUCAGUGAAAAAAUUAGUUUAACUCACCACAUGAUAACUCACACUGGGGAAAAGCCUUUCUCGUGUGUGACCUGUGGAAAAGGCUAUGUUCUGAAAUCUCAUUUAAUAUAUCACAUGAGGACGCACACGGGUGAGAAACCUUUCCCUUGCACCACCUGCGAAAAAAGGUUCACCCAUAAAAGCAGUUUAGCUGUUCACAUGAGGAGUCACAGAGGUGAGAAGCCUUUGUCGUGCAUGACAUGUGGGAAGAGGUUCACUAUAAAAAGUAGUUUAAAUGUUCACAUGAGAAUUCACACAGGUGAGAAGCCUUUCUCGUGCAUGUUUUGUGAAGAAACCUUUAGGGUGAAAUCUUAUUUAAUAUCUCACAUGAGAAUUCACACAGGUGAGGUGAUAUAAUGUUAGCAUCAAUAUGCUCUGUAACCUGUUCAGAAGGUAAAGUAGUUGCAACUGGAUGCCAUCUUUAAAUGUCGCAGCUUGUUUGAAAAACAUUUAAAAUAAGAGUUACUGCUUAUGUACUUAAUAAAUUUAUGUUAUUCUGGCAGUUAAAAUUCCCAUUUAAAAGAGAUCAUUUUAAAUAGAGGUUUUCAUAAGUUUUAUUUAAAUGUUUUUAGUAGAUGUUUCUUUUUUUCCAAGUGAGAUCAGUAGUGUCCUAAAUAAACUAUGUUAAAUGUUUGCUGAUUUAUACUACAGUGUCUUUUAUAACUUUCCUUUUCUGUGCAUUUACCAUUAGUUUAACUUAUGCUUUUCAAUUAAUUAAUGAUUUUGGUCAUUGGCAGAGGUGGGUAGAGUAGCCAACAAUUGUAUUCAAGUAAGAGCAGCACUCCUUCAACGUAAUUUACUCAGGUACAGGUAAAACGUUGUCAUCCAAGAAAUUACUCAAGAUCAAAAAUUAUCCAAUAGGAAGGCUACUCAAGUACUGAGUAUAACUAAUAAUAACUGAUGAUUUAAUGUUUUAAAAGAAUGUAAUCAGAGAGACAAAAAUUUAAGGUUAGAUGCAAAUUCUGUAAUUGUAAAGACACAAGAUGCACUAAAGACAAAAACUAUUUUCUAAAUAUCUUUUUUCAACAUUGAACUUGAAAGCAACACGUACAGCUGGUAAUGUAUAUACAGCAUGUUAGAACAGUGCAAAGUACUUCCAAUGACAAUAGCUGUUGUUUACUGUAUGUUCAUUUGACCUAAAUAUUGCUCAGUGAGCUCAGCAAAAAGAAACUAACAUUAAAUAACAACGCUUGUGUACAAAUAUGAAGUCUCACUUUGACAUAAAGUCUAGGUUUUGAUCUCUCAGGUGCAUUUUUGGUUUAAAACAAGUCAGUUCUUUAUUCAUGAAGUUACUCACAGUUGGUAGGGCAGCCAGAAACUUUACUCAAUUAAGAGUAGCGAUACUUGAGUAAUAAUAUGACUCAAGCAAAAGUAAAAAGUACAGUGCAGUAAUACUACUAAAAGUACAUUUAGCUCAAAAUUUUACUCCAAGUAAAUGUAACUGAGUAAACAUAACUAGUUACUAUCCACCUCUGGUCAUUGGAUAGAUGAUAGAGGUGAAUUUAUGGACUGGCUACAAAAAAUGGCUGUUGGGAUUAAUGAAGUUUUCUCAGUUUGAAUCUAAAUCUAAUUUAUUAAUACUUUCUCUCUUAGUUUCUGAUUCAGGAAGGAAAUACUGUUGUUUAUAUGAUGGCUACAACACAGACAAGGUUUACCAAACUAUUUAUGAUACCUCAUAUGUAUUUGUAUGAUAUAUUGUUUAACAUUUUUAACUUUAUUCUUGUUAAAACUACUCUAAAUUGCAAAGUUUGUUUUACCUAUGAAUAUUAUAUCAGUUACACAGACAUUUUUUAAGAAGAUUUAGUUUUACAGUAUUUGAAAAUGUAAUUGAAAUGUUGGUUAUAAAAAUUACUAAGAAUAAAACUUUGUAUUUAUAAUUGUUCUACAUUAAAGUCCUUUUGCCAUAAUUUCCUUUUUCUUCACUUUGCCUCCAGAUUGUGAACGACUUAAAAGGUUGUAUGCAAACACCCCCUGUCUGACUCUUUGGUAUCACCUGGUAUCACCUGAUUAUUUCUCUCUGCCAGAAGGGUUUGCUCUGAAAUAGUUUUUUUUGUUCCAAUUCUCACUAAAUAAAGAUUCUUGAUUCUAAA